GCGAGGUUGUGGUGGGUGAGGUGACGCGCGAGGGCGUGGAUGCGCAGCGUCGAGGGGAGGGUGCGGGCGGAGCGGGACAUGGUUUACGAGUGGGUUUGCUAGCGAUGGGACGGGAUGGAACCUAAGCGCCGCCCAGUCUUGCUUGUGAUGGGAACCGGUGGGAGAGAGCCCUCACGCGUCUUUCCGCUUCUGUUUGCGUUUUGCCGGACAGCUGUCGAGCGCAUCCUACCAGGCGACGGGGCACAGUAGGCACAGUAGCCCCCAAUCUGCGUCUCCCCCUCUUACCUUCGCAAAACCUGUGGUUUGUCAGACAUCAAAGUAGGGACGAGCGGCAGGGCUUUCUGUUGGGCCCAUACAAAUAUCACUGCAACAUCACGAACUCUCAUCGCGAACCCCAGAAGUACUCCUGCGACAAUGUCAGGAGCAUCCCGCUCAGCGGCCGUCAAACGGCUCAUGAAAGAACUGUCGGAUUUGCAGGCUGACCCGAGCCCGGAGUUCACCGCCGCGCCGUUGGAGGAUAAUCUGUUUGAAUGGCAUUUUACGAUCCGCGGACCGCCGGAGGCCGGGUUUGAAGGCGGGCGCUAUCACGGCAGACUCAUCUUCCCCCCCGACUACCCGUUCAAACCCCCCAACAUCUCCUUCCUAACCCCCAACGGGCGUUUCGAGGUCGGCAAAAAGAUCUGUCUCUCCAUCACCGGCCACCACCCCGAAUACUGGCGGCCAGCCUGGGGCGUGCGACUCGCUCUCGUUGCGCUGAUUUCGUUUUUGCCGACUAAAGGGGAUGGCGCGAUUGGGGCGCUGGAUUAUACGGUUGAGGAACGCAGGGUGUUGGCGGGGAGGAGUCGGGGGUGGAGGUGUGGGGUUUGUGGGGUUUGUUGUGGGGAUAAGGGCAGUGACGAGAGUGGCGAGGGACAGGGACGGGCGGGACAAAAUAUGGGACCGGGUGCUGCUGAUGCUGCUACUGGGGAUGCAAAACCUUCUCAGGCGACGGCCGAGUCCACGCCGGACGCCAAUAUCCCCAUCCCACCAUCACCGUCUGCCGUCCCGCCACCAGCAUCAUCAUCAUCCUCAUCAUCCACCACCGCCCCUCCCUCACAACCGCCUGCCCCCCACGCCGUAACAAUCUCACCCACCCCUUUACCCCACCUCGAUCCCACCCCAACCCCGACCCCCACACCUGUACCCCAACCCGCACCCCCGCAACACCUAACAGAAAUCCUCCGAACAAUCGACCGCGCCCUCGCCCUCGUCUUCCUCCUCCUCGCGUACUUUGUCAUCAGGCGCGUGUCGAAGCUUGUUGAGGGGGAGGCGAAGGGUGGUGCCGGGCGGUUUUGGGCCGAAUGAGUUGGACUGGAAGGGGUGAUUAAGGGAUGUGUAGGCCGGGCGUGUCUCGUGUGUUCCUCUGUUUUGGGUUGGGUUUUCUGUUUUGGGAAUGGUCAAUGGAAUUCAUAUAUAACAUAAGAACAAUCAUAAAUCCGGU